CAUGCAAAUUUCUCGAAGGGUCCUUUUGUUUAUCAGAUGGCUAGCGUUCUCGCUUACGAGGGCCUGGUUUGGUCAAACUCGACGAGAUCCCGACGCCAACAAUGGCGACGGUGCCGCGCCGCAAGUCCGUCGCCAGUUGUUGACAUGCCAUCCGACACCCGGUCUCCGCCGCCCCCAGCUCAUCCAUCUCCGGCAUUCCCCCAAAGGACUCCCAUGGCGUCCCCUCCGCCCUCACCUGCCCCCGCCGCGCUCCUCGCGCACCUCGCCGCCGUGCUCUCCUCCCCGGACUGGCGCUUCCAUCCCUCGCUCCCUCACCUCCCGGCCCUGCUCGCCCCGUCCCUGCCGCGCACGUUCCUAGUCCCACUCCCGCUUCUCCUCGCGGCCGCCGUGGCCCGCGCCGCCGCGCCCUCUCGCCACCUCCUUGCGCUCUCCCUCCCCAUCAUGCUCCGCCUCCACUCCCUCUCCCCUCCGCCGCUCCGCCCGCUCUUCGACCGCUCCUUCAGCUCCCUCCUCGCCCACCUCUCCCGCUUCGCCCUGACGCCGCUCAUGCUCCGCCUCUUCGCCCACAUGCACCGCCAAUCCCCGCCUGCCCCCACCGGUGCCACCUACAACGCCCUCAUCCGCUCCCUCUGCCGCCGCGCCGACCUCCGCCGCGCCCUCCGGUACCUCAGCCUCAUGGUCCGCUCUGGCUGGCGCCCCGACGCGUUCACGUUCAACUCCCUGAUCGUUGGGUACAGCCGCACGCAGCAGCCCGAGUUGGCCCGCAACCUGUUCGACAAAAUGCCGCUGAGAGGGUUCCCGCAGGAUGUAGUCUCUUACGCCGCGCUGAUCGAGGGGUUCUGUGAUGCUGGGAGGAUCGACGAGGCACUGGAGUUGUUCAGGGAGAUGGAGCAGCCGGACAUGCACAUGUAUGUGGCCUUGGUGAAGGGGCUGUGUGAGGUGGGGAGGGGGGAGGAGGGGCUUUGUAUGCUGCAAAAGAUGAAGGAGUUGGGAUGGAGACCAAACACUCGUGCUUAUGCAGCUGUGGUCGAUUUAUGGUGUAGGGAGCGAAUGGUUGAGGAGGCCGAGAAAAUGCUCGAGGAGAUGUUUGACAAGGGUUUAGCGCCCUGUGUUGUGACGUGCACUGCUGUUGUGAAUGCUUACUGUAGGGAGGGGAGGAUGAGUGAUGCAGUGAGGAUGUUUGAGGCCAUGAAAUUGAAAGGGUGCGAGCCGAAUGUUUGGACAUAUAAUGGGUUGAUUUGGGGCUUCUGUAAUGAGGGGAAGGUGUACAAGGCAAUGGCUUUGUUGGACAAGAUGAGAGGGUGUGGAGUAGAUCCGGAUGUUGUGACAUACAAUUUGUUGAUUCGAGGCCAAUGCAUGGAUGGGCAUAUAGCGAGUGCUUUCAGAUUAUUCUGUUUGAUGGAAGGAAAUGGUUUAGUUGCUGAUCAGUACACUUACAAUACGUUGAUUGAUGCUCUGUGCAAGGAUGGGAAAAUCGGUCAAGCUUGCUCUCUUUUUGAUGGCCUGGAAGCUAAAGGCAUAAUACCUAAUGCUGUGACGUUCAAUUCACUGAUAAAUGGGUUAUGCAAGACUGGUAAAGUCGAUGUCGCAUGGACAUUUUUGGAAAAGAUGAUCUCAGCAGGUUGCACAGCAGAUACCUAUACAUACAGUCCCUUCAUUGAAAAUCUAUGCAAGACGAAAGGAUCUCAAGAAGGAUUAUCCUUUAUAGAUGAGAUGUUACAAAAGGAUGUGAAGCCCUCAACGGUCAAUUAUACAAUUGUAAUUGACAAGCUUUUCAGCGAGAGAAAUUAUGGAUUAGCCACAAGAAUGUGGGGCCAAAUGGUGUCACUGGGGUGCAGUCCCGAUGUAGUCACUUAUACUGCGUCUGUGCGUGCGUACUGCAAUGAAGGAAGACUUGAUGAAGCAGAAAAUGUUGUGAUGGAGAUGAACAAAAGUGGGGUUACUGUAGAUGCAAUGGCAUAUAACACUUUGAUGGAUGGGUAUACAAGUACUGGACAGAUAGAUCAUGCAGUCACAAUCUUGAAGCACAUGACAAGUGUUGCUUCUAUGCCAAACUAUUUUACUUAUUUGAUCUUGCUUAGACAUCUUUUACAGAGGAGGCUUGCAGAGCAUGUGCCUUUGAAAGCAACUCGUGUGUGGAAGAUCAUAGAGCUUGCUGAUAUCUUUGAAUUGUUUGAGCUAAUGAAGAAGAAUGGUAUUCCUACCAGUGCAAGAGCUUAUUCGGCCAUCCUGGAGGGGUUUUCUGAAGAUAGAAGAUUGGAUGAGGUGACUUCGUUGGUUUCUCGUAUGAAAGAAGAUAAUCUACCUCUGAAUGAAGAUAUAUGCACUGCUCUUGUUAAUUGUUUUUGCAAAUUGAGAAUGUAUCCUGAUGCUUGGGCAUCACUUUGCUCCAUGAUUGGACAUGGUUUUUUACCAAACUUGAUGUCUUAUCAGCGUCUGCUAUCUGGGCUUACUGCUGAAGGACAAGCAGAUAGGGCUAAAGAAAUAUUCAGAGAUUCUGGAUGGAAAGACUACAAUCCUGAUGAAGUUGUGUGGAAAGUAAUAAUUGAUGGCCUGAUAAGAAAGGGUCAUUCAGAUAUCUGCCAUGACAUGAUGUCCAUAUUAGAACAGAUGAACUGCAGACCAAGUCGUCAAACUUAUGAAAUGCUUACCAAGGAAUUGUCUACCAGGGAAUGAUGUGCUGCAACGAUCACCUUCAUAACUUGCAUCAAAUUCUCUGUCAGUUAUGCAGACUUUGCCUCACGUUCAAGAGCAAGUUGACUAUAUGCACAAGAAUUGCAUAUAACAUGGAUCAUUGAACGCGCGCGCGCGCACACACACAGAGUUAAUGCUCUCAGAAAGAACUGUGAUUGUGGAAGUUCUGGAGAAUGCUGCUGCUGAAGGAUCUGAGAAGCCUAACGUGGGACUUCAGAGUGUUUAUGCAUGCAAGCUGACAGCUUUCAAGAGUUGACUAAAGCCCAUACCAGGAUCACUAUGGUUCCGUGAUAUUCGCUCAUCUGAGUAUUUCGUUUUAUGUUCACGGGUUCAUUGCAACAAUAUGAGCUUCUGAAUGAUGUGAUCUGAUGUCAGAACUUGUAGUUGAGCCAUUUCCUGGAUUUCAUUUGUGGGUGGAAGGUAUUAUUGUCUGCAUAGCAUACUGCUGCUGUCAGCAUGCAUAUAUCUAACAGGGGAGCCUUUUUCGCCUUGUACAAUUUUUGUGUUGGGACAUUCGUAUUCUUUUGUUCUUGUUCUAAUCCAAAGAGCAAUAUAGUGUGAUUUGUAUGUAAUUGACUAAAUGAUUACUAUUUUGGCCACUAAUAGGUUGUUUAUUUGGGUCCAGAUGGUGAAUGGUCAUCCGGUCAUUCUCCAAACCUA